AGUUAAGCAAGAAGAACCAGCAUAACUGCAUAAUAUUGAUUGAUUUGUUUGUAUAAAAAAUAGGUUAUAAGUUUAGACCUAAUAAAAUGUUUAAAUGUAGGAUUUUUAUAGCAUUAUUGAGCAGACCCACAGUAUUCUCUAGACGUAAAAGUAGCCUAGGAUUAUGGAAUCAGGACAUAUCUACAAACAUUAAACUUGACAUAGAAAAGCAUUGGGCUAAGGAAGUUUUAUGCAACAAAUUUAACUGCAAAGAUACAUUUUAUGUUCUGCCUAUGUUUCCUUAUCCGUCUGGAAACUUGCAUAUGGGACAUGUCAGAGUAUAUUCUAUAUCUGAUACCAUUGCUAGAUUUCAAGCGCUUGAUGGUAAAAAUGUAGUUCAUCCAAUUGGAUGGGAUGCCUUUGGAUUACCUGCAGAGAACGCUGCCAUCGAACGUAACAUCUUACCCCAUAUCUGGACAGAAACUAAUAUUGCAGCUAUGAAAAAACAACUUAUCCAAUUGGGAUUUAACUUUGACUGGAGCAGAGAAAUAAGCACAUGUGAUCCAAAGUAUUAUAAAUGGACACAAUAUAUAUUUCUGAAAUUAUUUGAAAAUGGACUUGCUUAUCAAUGUAAAGCAAAAGUGAAUUGGGAUCCCAUUGAUAAAACAGUUUUAGCUGACGAACAAGUUGAUGAGAUUGGAUGUUCCUGGAGAUCUGGCGCUAAAGUAGAGGAAAAGAUAUUGACACAAUGGUUUAUAAAAACAACAAAAUUUGCAAAGCAACUGUAUGAUGGUUUGACCAGUAAAAACUUAGAAAACUGGAAAGAUAUUAUUAACUUGCAAAAACAUUGGAUUGGAGAGUGCAAUGGUAUUGUUGUGAACUUUCAUAGUAAUAUUAGAGGCAAACAAAUAGUUUUUGAUGUUUGGUCCUCAGAUCCAUACAAAUUUAUACAUGGCGACUUUGUAACAAUGAGCAAAAAUAAUGUUAUGAUAAAAGAUCUGACCUUAGAAGAACUACAGAACCUAAAGUGCUAUAAUCCAAUCACUAAACGAGAUAUGUUAGUGUAUGUAACUGACAAUUUAUCUUAUCCAGAAGGCAGAGAUGUCUACAUUGCCUGCCCCUCAGUUGAUCCAGAAGAUUAUAAAUUAUCGCUAAGUAUAAAUAUUCCUACUGUUGACAAAAAUGAUAUUGUAGAUACACAUUCUGAAAAUAGAAGAGCAAUUGAUAUAGCUACAAAAAAUAACUGUGGUGGGCAUUUUGUGAGUUCAAAACUUAAGGACUGGCUUAUAUCCAGACAGAGGUUUUGGGGUACACCAAUACCUAUAAUCCAUUGUCCACAUUGUGGAAUAGUUCCAGUUCCUUAUGAAGAUCUACCUGUUGUGCUUCCUGAAAUCAGUACACAAGAAACAAAAGUUUCACCUUUGUCAAGUUUUAAAUCUUGGCUAAAUUGCAAAUGCCCCAAGUGCUCAAGAGAUGCAAGUCGAGAAUCCGACACUAUGGAUACUUUUGUUGACUCUUCAUGGUACUAUUAUCGUUUUCUGGAUCCAAACAAUGAUAAGAAACCUUUUGACAAAGAAAAGUUAAUUGGAGUGACUCCAGUAAAUUGUUACAUUGGAGGUAAAGAACAUGCAGUACUACAUUUAUACUACACUCGUUUCAUGAGCUAUUUCUUACAUUCACUGGGGUUAACACCAACACAGGAACCUUUCAAAAAACUGUUAGUACAAGGCAUGAUUAUGGGACAGUCUUACAAAACCAAAAAUACUGGUAAAUAUUUACCUCCAGAAAAUGUACAAAAUGUUGGAAAAGAAUAUAAGGAAAUAAAAACGGGAGAGCCAGUUGUGGUACAGUGGGAGAAAAUGAGUAAAUCUAAAUACAAUGGAGAAAAUCCACAGAGAUUAUUGUCCACCUAUGGAUGUGACACCACAAGGCUAUUGAUCCUGGCUGAUGUUCCUCCUGCUACAAGUAGAAAAUGGUCUGAUGCUACAUUGCCUGGGGUCUUGAACUUUCAACACAGAUUAUGGAUUACAAUUAGAGAAUUCUUAAUGCAUAAGUCAAAUGGAAAUUUAUCCAACAUUAAAGUUUUACCUGAAAAAGAAUUCAAAGACUAUGAAAACAAAUUGUGGAAUUCAAGAAAUUACUUUAUAGCAACUGCUACCUAUCAUUUUAAGUAUACUCACAAGUUAAGUGUAGGAAUUUCUCGCCUUCAGAGUUUAACUAGUGUUUUAAGGAACAAUGUACCUCCUGAAAUAAUAGCAACAAGUAAGGAAUAUGAACAAUCUCUGGCUUACUUGAUUAUAAUGCUCUCUACAGUAACACCACACUUUUGCUGUGAAUUAUGGGCUGGUAUGAGGUCAGCAUCUAAUAGAAUAUGUGAUACAUCCAGUGGAAUAGAUUGGAGCCAAGAGGUUCUACAGCAGAGAUGGCCAGUUGUUGAUGAGAACUAUCCUUUAUCUUUUCAAUGCAAAGUUGAUGGUGCUGAUAGAUGUGACUUGAAAAUAGAAGCAGCCAAACUAAAAAGUUUAGAUUUAAAUGAAGCUCUACAAAUUGUGUUGGGAGAGAAAGCAGUAAUAGAAAGAAUAAAACAUGGAAUAAUAAAAACAAAGUAUGAAUUGUAUCCAGAUUGCCGUGCUAUAUUACAUAUUUAUACAAACAGGCAAGCAAAGUUAAAACAAAAUUUAAUAUUAGAAUAAGGCACAGACGGAAAAGCACAAGGUCUUGCCUCUGAAAGAGCGUAAUAAUGCUAUAUGAAUUUCUAAAAUGAAAUGAAAUGAAUUGAGAUCCUAGAGUUCUAGGAUAUAGUUUGGCCAAGCUGAGGGCCUAGUGGUAGUUUGAUACUGUGACGAUCACGUUAUCGUAAACGCGAAUUUCUAAGGAAUUGAAACAGCGCCAUCUAGUGGCACUACUGCACAACUGUUUCUUUUCCGUAUAAAUUCGCGUUUACGUUUACGCGAUCGUCACAGUAUGAAAACAUUGAAAACUCCCACUCCCACUAGGCACACUGAUUAUAAAGGCUGUAGAGUGUGGACAAGCUGCUGAGAGAAGCAAUCUUGGGGUUUGAAUAACCAGACUAUCACAGUGUGGUAACCUAAGUUUAAAUAAGUUUAUAAAGCUUGUACCUACAUGUGUAACACUAAUUACCCACUACCCUAGCAUAGUCGCAUAAAAGAUAGUAAUCUGCUAAUUGACCACAGAAAUGUAGCUGAGGAAACUUCCAUAACUUCCAUAUACAAGUAUUUUAUGAUAAAUAUAGUGCAUUAUAUUCAA